AUGGAAUAAAAGUCUCGAUAAAACUCAGAAUUUGAAGAGAUCAAAGUGAUUAGUGUAGACAGACCUGAGGAUGUUUUAAGCGUCAGACCUAAUACUAAAUUAAAUCAUGGCUACGAAGCAAAUUAUGAGCAAUAUAAUUAACAGAAUUCAAACGAUAUUGGAAAGCUUAAUUUUACCAAUUCAGUGUUACAGGGAAAAUUAUCCACCUAGGGAUCAAUGAAAAGGAAAAUGACUAUCAAGGACUUUGAAAUAUAGGGAGUAUUAGGAGAGGGAUCAUUUGGCAAAGUAUACUGUGCCAUUGACAAACAUGAUUAAAAGUUCUACGCUAUCAAGGUCCUAGAUAAAUACCAUAUAAUGAAACAUUUCACUUUUCAAGAUGACACUAACCUUUAUUAUGCUUUUGAAUAUGCUAACAGAGGGAACUUAACUAAAUUCAUCUAAAAAACUAAUUAAAACGGAAAAAUGCCUAUGAAUCUGGCAAGAUAUUAUGCAGCAGAAAUACUUUCAGCUUUGGAGUUGAUGCAUUCAAAGAGCAUAAUACACAGAGAUUUAAAGCCUGAAAAUAUAUUGAUUUCAGAUGAUUGGCAUUUAAAGAUUAUUGACUUCGGUGAUUCAAUAAAGCUGGAAGACUCAAAACAGAUUUAUACUAAGGAAAAUAAAGACCCAAAUAAAAGAAAAUCUACUUUUGUUGGAACCCCGCUCUAUGUUAGCCCUGAAAUGCUUAUCGAUAAUAAAUCUAGUCCAGCUGGAGAUCUGUGGGCUUUAGGCUGCAUUUUAUUCCAAAUGAUUACAGGUGAUGUACCAUUCAAAGCUCAUCAUGAUUAUCAGACAUUUUAGCUGAUAUUGGAGAGAAAAAUGACGUUUCCUGAAGAUAUGGACUAUAACACUAAGGAUUUUAUUGAUAAGUUAUUACAGCUUGAUCCAUCCAUUAGAAUUGGAAUGCCUUUUGUAGAAGAUACCAAGAAAUGCUUUGAAGUUAUCCGAAAUCACGACUUCUUUAAUGACUUUGAUUUCAAAUAACUAUCAAAGCAGCCAGUUCCAAUUCCUGAAUAGCUUUAAGUAUUAUUUGACAAACCUGGCACUAUGAAGAAAAAAAAGAAAAAUGCAAUAGAUCAAGAAGAAAAUCUAGAAGAGGGUAAAAUUGAGGUUAAAGAGUUAAAGAGAGGACUAAUUAAGAAGAGAAACUAGUAUUAUAUGAAACAGGUUAGAACAUUUAUCCUUACGACUGAACCAAAACUGUCAUACUAUAAGGAUGAAACUGAAUAUAGGGGCUAAAUACCAUUAACUAGGCAGGUUUAUGCUAGAAGAAGUGGAAGAGACAGAUUUGAAGUUGUCACACCAUAGAGGACAUACUUUUUAUUUGAAUGCUAAGCUGGGGAUUCAGACUAGUGGAUAGUUCAAAUAAAUCAAGUGAUUUCCUAGUACUGUAAGGAUCAAUGA